AUGGAAUUUAACGCAUCAACUACCAACGAGCGUGAGCGGCGAAUCAAAUCUGUGGAGGAAGUACUGCUCCGCAUCGCCAAGCAUGAGGGUGUUGUUGGAUAUCUUGUGCUGAACCCUGCAGAUGGGCGAGUUAUGAGGUAUUCAGGUUUUUCAUCAGAUGAACGGAAAGUCAAAAAGUAUGCAGAUAAAAUAAAUGGCUUCACAGCGUUGGCAGCCUCCACCAUCCGUACUAUUGACUGGAAGGAUGACCUAACCUUCCUUCGUAUGGGUCUCGGGUUGACCGAAAUACUGAUAGCACCAGACGUAGACAAGCAGUAUGUUUUGAUUGUCGUGCAAGAGAUCAGAUCUUGA